AUGUUGGUCCUGUGCGUUCUCGUCAUUCAGCAUUUCUCAGCUUGACGGGAAGGGCUACGUUUCACACACGCUACCUCUGCUUGUAUACGCUUUGUUUUUCAUUUAAAAAUACUGGUCCAGGGAUUUUAACAUACGAACAUGGGUGCUUGCCUGGCAUUGUGCUCCCUGGCCAGCUGCGCAUCCUGUCUGUGUGGCUCCGCCCCCUGCUUGCUGUGUGGCUGUUGCCCCUCCAAUAACUCCACAAUGACGCGGCUGGUCUUCUCCUUCUUCCUGCUCCUGGGAACGCUGGUCUCCGUCAUCAUGAUUCUGCCUGGGAUGGAGACGCAGCUCAAAAAGAUCCCAGGGUUCUGCCAGGGCGGAAGCUCGAUCCCGGGCGUGGAGAACCAUGUGGACUGUGAUGUCAUCGUGGGCUACAAGUCGGUGUACCGCAUGUGCUUCGCCAUGGCCUGCUUCUUCUUCUUCUUCUCCGUCCUCAUGAUACGCGUGCGAUCCAGCAAGGACCCGCGCGCGGCCGUGCAGAACGGGUUCUGGUUCUUUAAGUUCCUGGUGCUGGUCGGUAUCACCGUGGGAGCCUUCUUCAUCCCAGACGGGACCUUCCACACGGUGUGGUUCUACUUCGGCGUGGUGGGGUCCUUCAUCUUCAUCGUGAUCCAGCUCAUCCUCCUCAUCGACUUCGCCCACUCCUGGAACCAGGCCUGGGUGGAGAACGCCGAGGAGGGAAACAGCAAGUGCUGGUUCGCAGGUCUUCUCACCUUCACCAUCCUGCACUACGUCCUGGCCUUUGCUGCGGUGGUGCUCUUCUACCUGUACUACACCCAACCUGACGACUGCGCAGAGCACAAGGCCUUCAUCAGCCUCAACCUCAUCUUCAGCGUCAUCAUCUCCAUCGUCUCCAUCCUCCCCAAAGUGCAGGAGGUCCAGCCGCAGUCAGGUCUGCUGCAGUCCUCCCUCAUCACUCUGUACACCAUGUACAUCACCUGGUCUGCCAUGACCAACAACCCUAACCGAAAGUGCAAUCCCAGCCUGCUGAGCCUGGUGAGCAACACCAGCUCCAGCGCCCUCUCCCCUACCCCCACCCCUGCUCCAGGACAGGUCCAGUGGUGGGACGCGCAGGGCAUUGUGGGAUUGGUCAUCUUCCUGUUCUGCACCCUCUACGCCAGCAUCCGCUCGUCCAAUAACACGCAGGUGAAUAAGCUGAUGCAGACGGAGGAGGGGAGUGGGGGAGUGAGCGGAGGAGAGGUGGGGGAGGAUGGGAUACGCCGGGCGGUGGAUAAUGAGGAGGACGGAGUCACAUACAGCUACAGCUUCUUCCACUUCUGCCUGUUCCUGGCGUCCCUCUACAUCAUGAUGACCCUCACCAACUGGUACCAGCCUGAUACCUCUACUCAGGCCAUGCUGACUCGGAUGCCUGCAGUCUGGGUGAAGAUCAGCUCCAGCUGGCUGGGUUUGGCCCUGUACCUCUGGACCCUGGUGGCCCCCCUAAUCCUGACCAACCGGGACUUCAACUGAGCCUCCCAAUACCCCAGCGCCCCUCCCCCCCCCGCCCUAAUGCCCCUGGAACAGGGUACUGACUGUGUGUGAGUGUUAGCAUGUGUGUGUGAGUGUGUGUGUGUGUACGUGUGUGUGCGUGUGUAUGUGUGUGAGUGUGUAUGGGAGUGCGCACGUGUGUGUGUGUGUGU